UGCCAUAACUUACGUUGCAAUACUUUAGCGUUAACGGAGGUUGGUGACUCAAUGAGAGAAUACAAGGAUUUCUGGCCUAUAUAAUACGGUGACAUCAAAAGGUUAUUGAAAAGGGAGAGCGUACACCAAAUCUUGAUGUGGAUGUCACACACUCUCGUGACCAGGAAGAAUGAGUCAUAAAUGGGCUCCAACAACCUGGGUGAAGUUAAGCAGAGCAUUUCAUGCCUUCAAGUCUGCAGCACCACUUCCCUUGUCUGGUACCUCUCACUUCAGGGUCCAUGUACAACACCCCUAUUGCUACGAAGUUGGCUAUCUCAGCUGGAGGCACAUCCACCACCUUCGGAUCACCGGGCGAAAGGGAUGUAAGGCUCACCAGGUUAGACAAAGGCUUGGGCUCCACACCAGCACCUUGUACUUAAACACUUCCGCCUCGCGGUGGUCUGCCGGUCUGAGCCAACACAUGUCGCGGGUCAGGAACAAGCUGGACACCGUUUCUAAAGCUGUGAGUGGGACGCAUACGGAACUUCUCUCCAAAAUCGCCAAACUCAAGCCGAAUGCUUUAAAAGGUUGGAAAAAGGCUGAGGCGAGUGUUGAAUCAGCCCCAACAGUGGAGGAGAGUGCAGUCACACCUAUUCCUGCGCCCACUUCUCCAUCUACUCCACCUAAACCUAUAUGUAACUCCUCUCCUGCCGGUCCUUCUAUUCCGCUGUCUGCUGCUCCAUUGGAUGCGAACGCCACUACCGCCACGCAUUCUCACAACCCGACCCAAGCGACUGGCGCUGCCACAAUCGUGACUGUGGGUGAACGUAAGGAGAAAAGGCUGAGGCGCGUUGUUCCCGCUGCCAAAGCCAGUUCUGCCAGGAAGCAAGAGGAGAUCAAACCGUUGCUGAGUGAUACCGAAAGAAAGAGCACAACCUCCGGACAAACCACAGCACUUUUCCAUCCCAGCACCUUUACAGUCAGCCUGGAUGAGACGUACAACUAUCUGGCCCAUCACAUCAACUCGUAUUUUGGCAGCAGUACAAACAACAACAACAAGAAAGUGGACGAUGUUUUCUCUUCCUCGGCUUCCUCUCGGGGUCGACAAACUAGUGACCUCGUGCCAGUACCCGGUAAAACUGUCUCUGCUGCUCCAGUUACCCCACCUUCCACGAAGAAGGGUUUAGGACACUACUUGUCCUGCUCGGCUCCCACUGUGCAAGCCUUCGUAGGAAGCUACAUUGCUCCCCUGGUCCCGAGGUUUAGGACAGCAGAGUACAAAAGUGCGACAGUGGAGGAAAAGAAAACCGAGGAUGAACCAGUCAAACAGAUUGAGGCCAUAAUUAUUAAGGAGCAGACGACUUUAGAGGAGAAAGCCAAAAAACUGCUACUUCAAAGAGAGAAGAUCAUUGCCAGGUUGAGUGUGGACAACCGAACGCGGGGUCUGGUUCAGGCUCUCCACAGGGCAUCAGACGUACGGGUCUACAUCAACAGGGUGGAGGACCUCAGCUACCAUCUCCUGGAGUUUCCAGAAACCAGCGGCGUUGCAGUAAAGGAGCAGGUCAUCCCUUGUCUGCUGCGUCUGAACCAGGCCAGUGACCCGGGCCUGAGGGCAGCGGUUAGAGAAGCCCUCACGCUGGUGGGCUACCAUAAGCCUGUGAAGGGGCGGGGCAUACGGAUCCUGUCCAUAGAUGGAGGAGGGCUAAGAGGACUUGUUGCACUUCAGACGUUACACAAGCUGGAAGCCCUGACCGGAAAGCCCAUUUACAAACUGUUUGAUUAUAUUUGUGGAGUCAGCACAGGUGCGAUCUUAGGGUUCAUGCUCGGUGUGUUCCAAAUCCCGCUGGACGAGUGUGAUGAUCUUUACCGGAAGUUGGGUUCAGACGUCUUCAAGCAGAACGUCAUCGUUGGUACUGUAAAGAUGGGCUGGAACCACGCCUUCUAUGACAGCGAGGCCUGGGAGAACAUCCUCAGAGAGAAAAUGGGCUCUCAGCUUCUGGUGGAAACUUCAAGAAACCCUGAAUGCCCCAAGGUGGCAGCGGUGAGCACCAUUGUGAACCGCGGCACUCUCAGGGCUUAUGUGUUCAGGAACUACAGCCUGCUGCCCGGGGUGCGCUCCCCCUACCUCGGAGGUUCCCAGCACCAGCUCUGGCAGGCCAUCCGGGCCUCAUCAGCAGCCCCUGGUUAUUUCCAAGAGUUCAAGUUGGGAAAUGAUCUCCAUCAGGAUGGAGGUCUGCUGAUUAACAACCCCACGGCGCUGGCCAUCCACGAGUGUAAGUGCUUGUGGCCCAACGCGCCCCUGGAGUGUGUCGUCUCACUCGGCACGGGCCGCUUCGAGGCCCCCAACAAGAACAGCGCCACCUCCACGAGCCUCAAGGCCAAACUCGCCAACAUCAUCAGCAGCGCCACGGACACCGAGGAGGUUCACGCCACGCUUGACGCCUUCCUCCCGCCCGCCACGUAUUACCGCUUCAACCCCUUCGUGAACGAAGACAUCUCCAUGGACGAGAACCGCCACGAGAAGCUGAACCUGCUGCAGGCGGACGGCGUCCGCUACCUGGAGAGGAACGAGGAGAAGCUGAAGAAGGUCGCUCGCAUCCUCACCCGGGAGAAAAGCUCCGUCCAGAGGAUGGCGGAUUGGGCCAGGCUCAGGGCUGACAUGUAUAACUUUAAGUCCUCGAAGCUCUAAGUCCAACACAAGCCACCUUUUACCUCACUUUGGAACUCUGCCCCUAUUUUAAAUGGCCUAGAAUACGUCCACACGACCUUCCUCCUCACUCUGACUCCACACUUUGAUUGCGUCCGGCUGCCAUUGUGGUUGGCGGCACUCGACUGAGCACUCUGUUGCGUUCAAAGACAACGUGUCAAAUGACAUGUAUGUUUGGGAAUUCUCUAAAUGGGGAUUUACUGUAAACAAGCCAAGGCAGCUUGUGUCCUUAAAGGAACAGUCCAACAUUUUAGGAAAUAAUCUUAUUUGCUUUCUUGCAAAAAGUUGAAGAAUAAUGAGAAUGGCAUCAAUAUUCUCAUCUAAAUGUUGUCAAAAGAAAGCAAUUAAAGAUAUAAUAAAAUAGCCAGUACUGUUAGGUAGCCAGUAACUGACUGUUUUACCAAGUGAGCACUUUUUAAGCACUAGUUUUAUCUUUUUUGAAGAUUUUCUGACAGCCGAUAUGUCCUCAUAAGCUUCUGUUUGUUCUUUUACAUAUAAUGUGUUGAUGGGAUAUAUGUGUGUUAUGGAAAUGCAGUAUUUGUUAAGCUAAGCUUUACAUCUGUAACUCUGUAAAAUGCCAGUACUGUAUCAAGUAAAGACAAAAAACAUCCUUCUUCUUCUUGUAAAUGGGUCUAUUUCAGCACUAAAUGCAAGUGACAAUUUUCAAAUAUAAUGACUAAAAUGUGUAACAAUGCAGCUAAUGGUAUGCUGAUAAUAAUGUCAUUUGGUAAAUGAGUAACCACUUCAAGCACUACAGUAUGGUGUAGUUCUAUGUAUUGCAUGUUAUAUUUAAGAUCUUUCACAAAAAAGUAAAUAUGUAGUGGAAAACUUUAAGAAGUGUAUGUUGCUAAGAUUUACCUCUAUGUAUUUCCAUAAUUCAUGCAAUGGUUAAUACAUCUAAAUAGCAGAUACAUAUAAAUGGAGGCGUACUGGCAUAAGGAUGUAACUUUGAUGUGUUAUUUUAGCUUCAAUUUAUUUUAAGUUCACUUGUUUCAAAAGCUUUUAUCCUCAUGUGCUUGAUUUUUUUUGGGGUUUUAUGGAUUCCCCACAGCCGAUGCGCUGUCUUCCGUUUGCCCUCGUUUCCUUUGCUGCCUCCUUCUCUAAAGCUCCUUUCACCUUCUCAAAGCUUGAAGCGCUGUGACAUAUUUGAUAUAAUCACGCAGUUCACAACUCAGGGACUGCUUUAAAACAGAUUGCCGCUUGAUUGAUUUGUCGCGGUUUAAAAUGAGCUUAAUCACAUGUACAGUUAAUAGAAGGAAAAAAAAUGCACUUCAGACAUUCAUGCCUAACCCGGUCAAGUACUGUAGAACAGAUGCAGCAAUGUGUCUGUCACUCCUGGAACAAUUUAGGGGAAGUGGAUGCUGAUCUCACCCAGAUUAUUGUAAUUCCACCAUUGAUUAUGUGUAAAGAUUGUUUUGCGAGUGUAUGUAAUUAAAACCCAGCACUGAACCUC